AUGAUUGCUGAGACAAGUGCAUCUGUGACAGUGCCGGAAGGUACAGAGAAAAAGGAUGGCCCAAAAGAAAUGGCCAUGAGAGAGGAAAUGGAUAACGAGGAAGUCCCCUCAGCACCAUCCACACCUGCAACUCCAGGGACUCCAGGUGCUCCUCUUUUUGGUGGGCUCAGGUUUGAGAAACCUAAUGGGGUUAUUAGGAAACCGUCCUUCCUCAAAAGUUGCAAAUGUUUCAGUGUUGAAGAAUGGACCUUGGAAGAUGGAGCCAUGCCUAGAGUCUCUUGCUCUUUACCAGCCCAGCCCAUCCCUCUCGCUAAAAAGGUUGGAGCUGAGUUUAUUGGCACGUUCAUUCUCAUGUUUGCGGCCAUAGGCACUGCUAUUGUGAACCAAAAGACACAUGGCUCAGAGACUCUAAUCGGAUGUGCUGCAGCAAAUGGACUUGCUGUCAUGAUCAUCAUAUUCUCCACAGGUCACAUAUCUGGGGCUCAUCUCAACCCCGCUGUCACCAUUUCCUUCGCUGCAUUAAAGCACUUCCCGUGGAAGAAUGUACCAGUGUAUAUUGGCACACAAAUUUUGGCAUCAGUAAGUGCUGCAUUUGCUCUGAAGGCGGUUUUUCAUCCCUUCAUGAGCGGUGGAGUGACGGUCCCUUCAGUAGGAUAUGGGCAAGCUUUCGCCACAGAGUUCAUUGUCAGCUUUAUUCUCAUGUUCGUUGUCACUGCAGUGGCCACCGACACAAGAGCUGUGGGAGAGCUUGCGGGAAUCGCGGUGGGAGCCACGGUGAUGCUCAACAUACUAAUAGCCGGGCCAGCAACUGGAAGUUCAAUGAACCCUGUUAGAACAUUGGGUCCAGCCAUUGCUGCAAACAACUACAAGGGCAUAUGGGUGUAUCUCAUUGCUCCCAUAUUUGGAACUCUCUGUGGGGCUGGUGCCUACACUGUGGUCAAGCUGCCUGAGGAAGAGGCAACAAAGCCACCUAUUUCACCUCCUGCUACUGUUGGGACCUUCACCACAUGA